AGAGACGAGCCGCGGCGGCGGCGGCCACAGCCCCGGAGCGGGGCCGCGCCGGGCCGGGGGAGGAGGAAGCGGAGGAUGGAGGAGGAGAUGCAGCCGGCGGAGGAGGGGCCCAGCACCCCCAAAAUCUACAAGCAGCGGGGUCCCUACAGCGUCCUCAAGACCUUCCCCGGCAAGCGGGCGGCGCUGGCCAAGCGCUACGAGAGAGCCGGCAUGGUGGAGGUGCCCCGCGGACGCGCAGCGGGGCAGCCCUUCCCGCCCGCCGCCGAGCCGCUGCCCUACGCGCACGGCCCCUUCCCCGCCCGCCCCGCCGCCGCCCAGGGCCACCCCCGCCCGCCGCCGCCGGCCCCCAGCUCCUCGGGCCGCUACGGCCCCUGCCCCGCGGGCGGCGGCGCGGAGCUGAGCGCAGAGAGUCGAAUGAUUCUGGAUGCCUUUGCCCAACAGUGCAGCCGGGUUCUAAGUCUUUUAAAUUGUGGUGGAAAACUACUGGACAACCAUCAUUCUCAGUCCAUGAUUUCUUGUAUAAAGCAGGAAAACCCAAAUUAUAGUGAAAGACAAGAGCAAUGUCAGCUUGGGAAAAUGGUCCAUAGUCAGACGUCAGACAUUUUAGACAUAGAGAUGCAGUAUAUGCAAAAGAAACAACAAACCUCAGCCUUUCUGAGAGUUUUUACUGAUUCCCUUCAGAACUAUUUGCUUUCUGGGAGCUUCCCUUCUCAGAACACCUCGUCAGUAAAUGAUUUUAGCCAUUUGGCAGAUGUGGAUCCACUUUCAACCUCUCCAGUACACACUUUAGGUGGAUGGACAUCUCCAGCAACUUCUGAAUCUCACGGUCACCCAUCGUCUUCUACGCUUCCGGAGGAGGAAGAGGAGGAGGAAGAAGAAGGUUACUGCCCUCGGUGUCAAGAGCUUGAACAGGAGGUAAUUUCAUUGCAACAAGAAAAUGAGGAGCUUCGUAGAAAACUGGAGAGCAUUCCAGUGCCCUGCCAGACUGUUUUAGAUUACUUGAAGACUGUGCUUCAGCAUCACAACCAACUUAUGGUACCACAGCCAACAGACCAUCCGACUGAGGGGAGCAAGCAGUUGCUGAACAACUACCCUGUCUACAUCACUAGUAAACAGUGGGAUGAAGCUGUAAAUUCAUCAAAGAAAGACGGACGGCGGCUCCUUCGAUAUCUCAUCAGAUUUGUUUUCACAACCGAUGAGCUUAAGUACUCAUGCGGCCUUGGGAAAAGGAAAAGGUCAGUGCAGUCAGGAGAGACAGGUCCUGAAAGACGUCCUCUGGAUCCAGUAAAAGUAACAUGUCUCAGAGAGUUCAUUAGAAUGCAUUGUACUUCCAACCCUGACUGGUGGAUGCCAUCCGAAGAGCAAAUCAACAAGGUCUUCAGCGACGCGGUAGGACACGCUCGUCAGGGGCGUGCAGUGGGGACUUUCCUUCACAAUGGGAACUCAUAUUACGAAGGGACUGACCAUCCGGGGUCACAGGAUGAAGUCUUCAAUAGAGGUAUGCAAGAUGGAUCUGGUGAUUGACAGCAGUGAGAGGAAACUCACACAACAGUAGCAAGCGGUUAAUUUAGAAGAGACUAUUUGUUAAGCAUACUUACCCUGAAGUCAUUUAAGAGUCCAAAGCAUGUUUGAACACAUACUGCAUACAUUUCAGCUUCUCCAUUCUAUCAUAUCCUCAUUUACAGAAAAAAAACAUCCAUUUCAAAAUCUGCCCUAUGGGAUUUCUCAGUGCCUAUUAUUUGCAAGCUCUGUGUAGCACCCCAAGGGGAAACUGCAGUUUGCUUCAUCUAGUUCUAGAGAAAAGAUGACUUAAAAAUUACAAAAAUAUCAAAAGAAACAAAAGCUGCCAUUUUAUUUGCGUAUUUCUAACAGGCCCAGGUCUGGACUUCAGACAUAACAACCAGAUACUAUUUGCUUUUCCUGAGUAGGAGAUGUAAGAACACGUCUCCAUGCUUGUGACAAUAAAAGAAGUGGUCACUCGUUUCAUAACAGGAAGUAGCAUAAUUACAAAUGCUAUCUUAAAAUACCACGUAAGAUGGAAAAUUCAGGGACCUCCUUUAGCCAACUAUGCCAGGAAAUUAAGCUUCUUGCAUCAGACAGCACCAGUCGUCAACCACAGAGUCUUUCAAAGGCCCAGAACAAUAACAGGCUCUUCUAAUAGAUAAAAAUUUCUUCAUGUGUCAGAUAGAGACCAUAUAUAUCUAGGUUUCUGGGGAAUUAGAUUCGAUCGUGACAGUUCUCAUCAAAAAAAAAAAAAAAAAAAAAAAGAUUGCUAAAAACAAAUUGCCAUUUCAGAGGACAGGUUUUGCUUUGUCUGUUGCUAUUCUGCAACUAUGUUAUGUAGCUUUAGAGGUUUUUAAUUGUCUUUUCUUGGUUUUGCUUUAAUUUGUGUUUUGUAUCCAUUCCUCAAAAUAGAUGAGGCAAUGUGCUGGUCUCAACAGUCAGAUGUUCAGUGGUGCAUUCAGGGAGGAGCUGAGUUAGAAAAUCCUAAUUCAGCAUUUCUUUGUAAGAGAAGUAAGCCUGGGAUCCAGACUAAGAGCUGUAAAAAAGGAUGUGUUCUAGAGAAGCCAAUUCACAGCAGAGUACAAUAUGGGAAGCAGAGGCUGAUGUAAAGGAAAAACAAUCUAUCCUUUUCAAACAUUUAAUUUCAAAGGCUUGGGAGUCCCACGUCCCUCCAAAUUGAUGCACUCCAGAAAUACGUAAUGCCAAAGAAACAAUCCCCUUUCCUUUCAGCAUCAGGGUGUUUCCAUCUCCAUACCCUGGUCAGUCGCCCAGGCUGCUGCUGGCAUUGGUCAGUGCCUGGCCCAGCCUCCUUGGGAUGAUGUUUCCCAACAGAUGGGGAUGGGGAACUAGUUUUUGGAAAGAAAUUCCAAAUUUUGAUCGCCUUUAGUGCUACCUCAUCAGUGUUUAUUCUCCUGAACGUGUGUCUCAUACUGCCCAGCUUUCCCACCCACUUUGCUCAAACCAUUGGAGAAGCUACUAAUUCCUCCUUCCACCCUUCUCCUCUCUUUCCCAACCUUCUCCCAUGCCCCGGGCAGAGCAGGAAACACACAGCCCAUUCCCUUAAGGGCCUGGAAGGGCUCUCUGCAGUGCGGUGCAGCCAUAGCCCCGGCCUAGCUGGAGACAAGGGCCUGGGGCAGUCCCACAAAUGGCAGCUCACCCACACCACCAUUUUGUCCUGGCAUCGGCCUCCUCGUCACCCGCUGUUGUGAGCGGCCUGCAGGCUUCUGUGUGCACACUGCUCAGCCAGGAUAUGCUUUAGGCCCUUAAAUGUCCAAUACCUCCUGACUUAUUUUUAUUUUGGUACUUCUUAAAAGGGGGCUGGUAGGCGCUCAUCUGACGCAGACGAACCAAUUCAUUUUCUAACAUUAACAGCAGUUCAGUCACACUGCACCUUACCAGGCCAAGGGGUUUGGGGGCAGCAUCUCUCAUGGCAGGCAGAGGUGACUUGCUUGGACCAGUCAGUGAGGUGCUGUGGCUGAGGGGGGAGAAACUCGGUGUAUAGAAACGUCACAGUACAGAUAUCCUAUAGUAGCUUUUCUGUGUUGAACUUACACGUUUUUUAAGAGAACUAUUAUAGAAGAUGUUACAUUGCUCAGAUGGUGUAAGUCUUGCUGGUGUAUGUUCUAUGUGGUGACACUUGCCAGAACUACUUGGUAAAACAUGUCAGAGCGUGCGAGUCAGCAUUAUACUGUAAAUUUGUCCACAGCGAUAUGUAUCAUGCUGUAUUUUUGUAAACAUUGUGACAGUUCCUUUCCAGUGUUUAAACACACAAGAUAAACAAUACAGAUGCUUCAUUUUUAACAGUCUCAGGACAGAAUUACUGGACUGGACAGACCUCUCUCACUUAGUAGCCUGAGGAUUCUCCUGGAAUAUCUUGUAAGUCUAGCUUUACUUUUAGUGUAAAAAGCAUAGCCAGUGUCCUGGUACCACUCACAGUCCUGCGCUCUCAUACUGUGCAAAAUAACCACGUGUAUAGUUUUGUCCUGAAAACCACUUCAGCGCUGGAAAUGGCUUUGCAGGUUUGGACCUUUCGUUUAUGAGCAAAAUCUUUCCCUCAGCCGCUUGCGUGCAGUCACCAGUACGUGACUAGCAGCCACAGACAGGCGUCAGAAGAGGGGAGCUCAUCUCUUUUUGGGUUUAGUCUUGUUUUUGAAAUAACGACAGCAUCUCCCUUGUUUUAACUGCUGUUGUGGCCACUUGACUCCUGACCCACCCAUCUCAUUUCAAAAACCCUUCACCACCACUCGCUCCAAUUACCUGAGUCACAAGGCAUUAUAAAUUCACACACAUCAAAGCAUCGAUGUAGCCGCAAGACGUUCGGUAUAACGCUCUGGAAGCUGAAAUAACAGAUAGCUGUAAGCCCUCGCACAGCGAGACAGCAGAAUUGACGCGCCGUGCUUUGCACAUCAGCACAUCCCUUCUGUGCUGGCUGCUCGCGGCAGGCUGGCAGCAGGAGGCUGCUAUCCGUCAUGUCACUCCCGCACGUCCCAGGAGGAUAGAUCCUUGUCUUAUCCCUCCGUGCUCUUUAAUCUUACUGUCAUUUAUGUAUCUGCCUUCUCUCAAACUUUGUGUAGCAGUACCGCACGCCCAUCUGUGCCAACAUGCCUUCGCUAUAUUUUCUAUGACAAAUAUUUGUGGAGAAACUGUGAUUAAAAAACCAUUAAUCCUGAUAUUUUUAUUGUUAUGGUGUAGUUAAUUCUAUGAAUACUUUCUAACGAUGAUUGUACUGUGUAGAGUAAGUACAGGUUAGGGAUAGACCUUUACCAGAUAUUGUACAAAAAAAGUGCAUAGUGUAAUAUAGACUAGUAAGGUUUUUGUGACAAUUUCUAUAGGAUGUGUGAAUUGUUUUCUAUGUGGCAACACACAUUUCUUUUAAAAAAUAUAAAAAACUUAGAGAAUUUUUUAAACAGUCAAUAUUUUUUAAUUAUAAAGACAUUUGUUACCUGCAGUUUACUAUUUCAGGCGUUAAUCCUAAUUUGAAUAUUGGUUUUAUUACUACAUACCUCCAGUUCCAUUUGUUCUGUUGCAUAACAAUGCACAAUAAAAGUUGGUCUCUGGUUAA